UAUGGAUAUCUAAGUUAUCUAUACAGACACUUUGACGGAUAAGCAUCCUGUUUUUAUCACAUGUCAGAACAUGUUUAAUCAGAAUAACAACAUAUGCAAAAAAAAAAAAAAAAAGCAUGGCACAUUCAAUUUAGUACUGGUCUAAAGCAGUGUGGUAAAUGUGGUGCCUACCACAAUACAGGGCUCCUUCUUUAUGUUCUGAACAUGUCUGAACAAGCUCACUUUGGCCACUGAACAAGUUACGGCAAGAAAAACCUAAACUUGCUUUAAUACAGGUCUCAUGUAGUGCAUCACAUGUGUUCUCCAGAAUGGGAGAGUUUUGUAGCAUAAAAACUCCCAGGAGUCUAUUAAAGGGACUGUGACACCUGCUUCCCUCCAGUUGACAACCAGGACCUGUCACAUGCUGAGCAACUCUAAGCAGGAACUCUAACAAACUUACACAAUCACCAAGCCAUUAUACAGGAAGCUUGACACAUUCUGAGGUUUGUCUACGGGCCAACCAGAAGACGAGAGGUGGAGGCCACACUCAUUCUACAUCAUCAAUCCCAGGCUUCGCAAACUCACCAGAGUUUUCAGUUCAGUUUGCUCACUCGUCUCUCACACUUGACCUGCACUGAGGCUGUCGGGGAUCAUGUCUCUAUCUGCCGAGUACUGCAGUGGUAAAAUGGGUGACAGGGGUGGGGGUGGUCAUGGUGCUUUGGCCCAUCAGAGCAGACUGUUCCGGGGAUUGCUUGUUUGGGCUACCCUGCUCACUGUAGGCUUGGGAACAUUAACAGCUCUCCACUUCAUCCACAGAGAAUCGUCACCUCCUAGUAAACUACAGAAUCUGGGAUACGUCAACCAAGCUGACAUCAAAGAAACUACUCUAAUGGUAUUUUCACCAGACUGGAAAGACUCAGACAAGGUGAAGUUACUUAAGUGGAAAACAGUGCGUCCUGAUUUCAUUGAGGGAAAGGAAAAGGAAAGCUUGAUGGUGAAAAAGGAUGGCCAAUAUUUCCUGUACCUGCAGGUUACCCUUCACCCUCAGGAGAAAGAAAACCAUACAAUCACUGUGCAAUCAGAAAAACGACAAGUGAUUUUAAAAGGUCUAAUCAAUGGAUCAAAACUCUCAACUAUCUUCAUGGCUAAUGGUAUUCCCCUGGAUAGCAACGAUACUCUACAUGUGACCUGCCAUCCGGAAGCCAAAAUCCAGACCUCUCACACAGAAACCUACCUGGGUGUGAUCAAGCUUAGUUCAACCUGAAUCUAGAUCAAAGACUGAAAUGGAUUUGUGACAGUACUGAAUGUGGACUCACUCCGCACUAAUCUGCAGGAUUUUGAAGUACACUGAAGGCAGUGUACGAAAUGUUAGUUUUUUUUUUUUUUUAAUCUCCAAAGCUCUCUGCCUUUAUUGCACUAUUUUUAACCUUUUCCCCACUCAAUGGAUGAAGUGUCACUGAAUGUCCAUGUGUGGCCGAAUCCUGAAUGUUACCAAUGUAAAAUUGGCACCCUAUUGACGCACUUUAUAUAUACACACAUGUAUGUAUAUGUAUUUGUGUGAAACUGACCCUUUGCUAAGGCCCUGAACUGCUCCAAAUGUUUCUAAAACACUCUCACUUUGGUAUUGUGAGUUCCUUAGUCCACACUACAUCACCUGAGUCAAUAGAAAAUUAAAUGAGAUUAAGUUAGUAACAUUCAUUUAGCAUUCAUUUAGGUCUCCUUACUAAUGCUAAAUUGUGAUCAACACAUCAUUUCUGCAGUAUGAACAUAUCAAGAUUUAUUUAAUGAGAAAAGGCAAUAAAUACCGCUUGUUUUCUCUUUUGGUAUCUUGUGUCACUAUUUUAAUAAGCUCCUCAACAACAGUAUAUCCGGAUAUUAUUAUAAUUUUUUUUAAACUAGGCAAACACAAAACCACGAUAAAUGUAGAAAAUAGCAAGAGUUGGUCUCAAAUGGCAGAUCAGCGACAGCUGUUAGUUGCAGCAAAGGUGGGGACUUAGCAAAGGGUCACGUGCACACAAAGGAGAGUAUCAGAAUACCUCCCUUCAACAAAGCAAAAAACUAAGCCUGAAUUCAGAAUGGCAGACUUGCAUACUACAAGUACUACAAAUGGCAGUUCAACCAAAAAUGAAUAUUCUUUCAUUAUUUACUCACCCUCAAGUUGUUCCAAACCUGUAUGAGUUUUUUUGAGAUAUUUUGAGUGGGUUGCUGGUCCCCAUUGACUUCAUGGUAUUUUCUUCCAUACUAAUUGUUUGGUUACCCACAUUCUUUAAAAAUAUCUUCUGUUGCGUUCACUUAGAAGAAAGAAACUCAUAAAGUUUUGGAACAACUUGAGGGUUAGUUAGUGACAACAAAAUUUCCAUCUUUAAUGUGGCAGAGUAUGCUACUAUGCUAUUUCCAAGUUUUCACCAACAAUGAUGUCAUUGGUCAGGUGGUAUAUUAAGAGUGGCAAGCCACUGAAAGUGUAUUUAUAAUUGUCAAUAUCACGUGUAUGUGUGUUUUCUUGUUUGUUCUUUAUUUCUUAUUUUGUCAUAUUUAUCUGUAUUUAUGGCUGUUGAUUAUGAGUCAGCAAAAUUGUUUUUAGGGUACUUAAAUGUCUUUGAAAGUCAUUGGUUUAGACUAGAGAACAAAUAUCAAACUGAGUCUGUUCAAGCGAAACAUUUCACAGAAAUAACUUAUUUGCUGAUUAUAAAACAAUAGUAUGCUGUUUUAGAACAUACAUACAAUUCAAAAUGAAGACUUUGAGAAUGAAGAAAAAAUGACACUUUAUGACAGUGAGAUGUUACUGGAUCAUGCUAAUGUACUGAACAACACUUUAAGAUACUCCGAACCUUGUGUGAAGAGCUGACUUCAUGCAUCCACUAAAACUAUCUUGACUCCAGCUGGUUAAAAGUCAUUUCACAAAUUGCUCAGAAAAGUGAAAGUAGUUGAGAAAAUCUCUAGCUUCCUUUGUUUGCAGAUGCCACUGGUUCAAAAGAUUAUUUAAUGUAGAGGGUUAAGGACCUACAUCUAAGAUUCUCAGCCAACCUCACGAUCUGAUAUAAAAAGCUAUAUGUUCUAUUGAUAACAAAAACAACAUUUAAACUAAAAUUAUUACAUCAUAAGAUGCUUAUGAGGUCAUUAGUUAGACAUUUGUGGACAAUCAAAUAAUGAGAAAUGGCAUGAAAAUUAUUAGAAGAACAUUUCAUGUAUAUCCUUUAUAUAUAUCUUCUCCACAGACCUCUAUCUGGAAAUCAGGAUCUAAUGACAUUGUACUGACUUAUGACAUUGUAAAAUAUGACCCAAGUCACUUUUUGGGAUCACUAAAUAUGGAUGAAUUGAUGUUUUGUUAUAUUAUUGUCCUAAGGUCUCGUUUCAAAUAAAGUUACUCAAUUUUUGUAGGUCUGAUUGUAUGAUAUAAGUAUAACUGGCAAAAAGCUUAUACAGUGUAAGGCAAUCAUUGGAAUAAACAAUACAUACUUUCUGCCAAUGUCUUGUGCAUUUCUUUGUCUUGUUUUAAUUGUUUUUGUGAUGACUCAUUUAUACUGGUGGUAGACUGCCUGAUAUGCUUACAAGAACAAGACCGAUAAUGAUAAGACUUUCCAUAGAGGUGGGAGUGAGGGGGCAGAAACACAACUUCACAGCAGUGACUCAUUUCCAUUAAUCCAUCAGCAAACAUCUUAGCUGUUAGCUAGUCUAGUUAGCUGUGGGUUUCAACACUGACAUUUGUUCAAUAAUCAUCUCAAGUUUGAAUCUAAUUUAAUCUUAACCUGGCACUAAAGUGAAACUAAUCUAUUUGGUUGACUCUGAGCCUUGUGUUAUGGUCUUGUGAUGCAUCUCAUAGAUCUUGAAACUAGUGUCAUCAUUCUGUUACUGUGACAUCAUGUUUUGAUGACUCAAUAGCGGGACCCUC